UCGCUUCAGUUGAUUCAUGGAUCAGUAGAUCAGCGUCUGAUCAGGACAGCAGAGGUUUCUUCAGCUAGAGGAGGGACAAUCAGGAACUAGCUGUGGGUCUAGGUACGGCUGUGGCGGCGAGGAAGUGGAAAAAUGCAAGGGGCAAGAUCGUGCGACAACGAAGGGACAUGAGGGUCCAUCUUCACCAGUCGUUUUCCACAAUGGCGGCCAUACAAACAAAACAAGCCGAUCCAUCCAUCCAUCCAUCCAUCCAUCCAUCCAUCCAUCCAUCCAUCCAGAUGAGUGAGCAGCCUCCUCCCUAUCGUCCUUUCUUCCCUGAAGGACCUCCUCUUUCUCCAGGUUUCUGCCCACCGCCCACCGCCUAUCCCGGCUCCACCUACCAGACCUUUCCUCAGAGCUUCCCUGCAUCAGAUCACACCAUCUACCAACCAGGACACGUCGGACCACCGGGGGUCUCAGUGAUACCACCUGGUUACUACGGAGAUCACCGUGGAAACCAGCAUCAUCCCUCCCACCCUCCUAAGCCCUCAGUGAUGGUGGUUGACCAGCGACCCGAUCAGCCGCAGGGCUCUUUCGGCUCCUACCUAGCGGCCUGCUCUGCUGCUCUGUGCUGCUGCUGCCUGUGGGACCUACUGCAUCGCUAAAGAUCUCCUCAUGGCCGUCCUCCUCCUCAGCAGCUGGAGACGGACCGGACCACUGGGCGUGUUCUGAUGAGACCAGAAUUAUGUUCCAGCAAAUUCUGCCAUGUUUGGGUUUCAGAUGAAAAACUCUGCUUUCUGAUUAGAUGAUGAACAGAUCUGGAUGUUGAUGAGAGCAGCUGAGCUUGUUCUAACCUCUGAGUUUAAAUAAGUCCAUUAAAGAUCUGACCUCCAGAACUUCCCAUCAACUGCUGGUUCCUGGUCGCUUAAUGAUCUUUUGGUCAAAGAUGAUCCAUAAAUAAAUUCUGACUGAUAGUUA